AUGUUGGGUUGGGCGACGAAGACGUGCGUCUUGCUGGCUGGCUGGCUGGCGCUCGCCGCCGGCGAAGGCAUCGUCGAGCUCGGCGACGAGACCUUCGAGAAGGAGACCCAGAGCAUCUCCGGGUCGACGACGGGCGACUGGUUCGUGCGCUUCUGCCCCGAGCUCUGCCCGAAGGAGGACAAGUUCCAGCUCAAGGAGCUCGCGUCGAAGCUCGACGGCCACGACGACAAGUGGAUCAACGUCGCGACGGUCGACUGCGAGAUCAACGUCGUCCUCUGCGGCGAGCGCUUCAACAUCACGGAGGCGCGGAGCCUCCUCUUCAUCCGCGGGCGCAUGUACGACUUCACGGAGAACGUCACGGAGACGAACUCCGACUUCCUGCGCAACUUCACGAAGCGGCUCAAGAACGUCACGCUCGAGGACGGCGGCCGCGGCGAGGGCCUGCGCAUCCCGCGGGGGCCCAUGUGGUUCACGCCGCUCAUCAAGCCGAUCACGGACAAGCUCGACCUGUUCUUCGAGAUGGUGGACUACCGCAUGCUGAGCACGGGCAUGGGCGCCUUCUCCGUGCUGCUCGUGUCGGUCGGCGCGAACGUCGCCGUCGGCGCGGCGGACACCGUCGGCGCGGCGGCGCGGCAGGCCGUCGAGGAGCUGCGGUCCCACGCGAAGUUCGCGCCGCUGGCCAAGUACGCGCUGGCCGUCGUCGUCGAGGCCGUGGGCCCGUCGAAGAGCGCGAGCGAGCGCGCCGCCGCCGCGCGCGAGGUCGUCGACUCCGGCGGCCCCGCGGCGCUCGCCGCGUGCCUCGACGCGGCCUGCGGCGCGCCGCGCGACGAGGCGUACGUCGCGGCCGUCGGCGCAUGCGUCGCGGCCGUCGCGCGGGCCGCGGCCUUCGCCGCCGUGGCCUGCGGCGCCCAGGGCCUGGGCCUCGCCUGCGUCGGCGCUCUGAACGGCGGCGCGCGCGACUCCGCGGACGCGCUCGGCGCCGCGGUGCUCGCGACGACGCGCGUCGCGCCCUUACCCGGCGGCGGCGCGGUCGUCGCCGGCGCCGUGGCCAAGUACGCCGUCACCGCGGGCCGGAGCCGGCCCUGGCUCGUCGCCGCCAACGCGGCGCUCUGCGUGCACCGGGGGCCCCUGUCCGUCGCGUCGAAGUUGGGGGACGUCUUGGCGGGCACGCUCCGCGCGGAGCUGCGGGUCUGGCGACACCGGCGCGAGGCCCCGAAACUCGGCGAGAGCGUGCUCCUGCCCUGCCUCCACUGCCUCGACCGCCUCUACCGGGGGCCCCUGGGGGACCGGCCGCCGCCCGCGCGGACGCUGAGUGGCCGGCUCCGCGCGUCGACGCGCGCGAGCCGGCGGUCGUCGCUCGCGGCGGCGACGAAGCCCGUCGUCGCGCCGGCGGCGCAGCCCGCCUACCUCGCCGUCGGCUCCGGCGCCCGGGACGUGAGCCUCGCGCUCCUCGUCUGCGAGGCGCUCGACGUGCUCGACGACGACGACGUCCUCGCGGGCCACUUCCGGGGCCUCGUCGCCGCAAUCGCGCCGAGGCGCGUCUGGCGCGACGCCGUGGACCGCGCCACGGGCGACGUCGUCGCGCUCAAGCUCGUCAAGGCCGCCGCGGCGACGCCCGAGGACGACGGCGAAGAAGACGCGGACGACGCGCUGGCGACGCCGCGGUGCGCGACGACGCUCGUCCGCCUCCUCGACGCGCCGGAGACGGAGCGCGGCCGCGUCGCCCUCGACGCCCUAUCAUUGCUGCUCCAGGGCCACGGCCUGCGCGCCGUCGCCGCGCGGCGGGCCCUCGCGAAGCGGCGCGACGGCGACGGCACGGCGGACUGGCUCCGGCGCCUCGCCGCGGGAGACUCGCCGCUCGCGGGCCGGUGCGCGCGGUCCGCGCUCCGCUUCUGCGGCGUCCUCGUGGCGACGCGGGGGCUCAUCGCGACGUCCGCGUCCGCGGCCGAGGCCCGCGCGGACGACAUCGACGGCAUCCUCGAGUGCUCGCGCCUGGCGCUGGACGUGGGCGCGCGCGAGUUGGAGAGAGUGGAACACGACGCGGAGCCGCCGCGGACCCUGGUCGAGGCGCUGGCCUUUUUCGUCGUGGCGACGGAGGCCGUCCGGGUGGUGGCGUCGGACCACGCGCUCGCGACCGCGCGCGCGCGGAAGCACCGGCGCGUCCGCGAGGGCGACGCGGGGGCCCUGGGCGCGCGCGCGGCCGUGCUCUGCGUCGGCGCGCUGGCUUUGGGCGGCCACGGCCUCGCCGAGGCCGCCGCGGACGCGCUCGAGGCCGCCGUGGCGCUCCAGGGCGCGGACGCGCGCGCGGCCUACGCCAGGGCAGGACAAGAGAGCGAAAUUCCCAACUUCAAAGGCUCCUAUCUCGGCCGUUUUCCACUCGCCUACGCGGCGCUCCACGCGCCCCGGGCUUUAGCGGCCCUCAAGGCGUCGGCGCGGAGCGCCGCGGCCGUGCUCAAGGGCGAGGCGACCUUCCUGGGGGACGUGGACCGCCCCGCGGGCGCGUCGUCCGACGACUUCGCGUUCCACGGCGCCGAGGCCGCGACGCACGCGCUCGCGCGCCUCGCCGCGGCCCUCUACCUCCACGAGGCGCGCGACUUCGACGCGGCGCCGGAGCUGCGCGCGGCGCUCAAGCCCGCGGUGCUCGCGUCGCGCGCCGCGCACCGCCUGUCGACGACCGUGCAGCUCGACUUGGACGCGCUCGAGCGCGCGGCGCUCUUCGUCGCCGGCGCGCCCGACGAGCGGCCCAAGCGCGCGAGCCUCCUCGACGACGCGACCAUGGCGCCGCCGACGGAGGCGCCGACGAGGUCCGCGCUCCGGGCCCACGCGGAGACGCGCGACCUCCGCCGGUCGCUCGGCGCGUCCGCGGGCGCGCUCGCGGCGCUCAGCGCGGGCCUCGGCGACGACGGCGCCGCGUGGACGCAGCGCGUCGACGAAAGCGGCGUGCCCUACUUCGAGGACGGCCGCGAGACGACCUGGCGGGCGCCGGACGCCUGGGUCCGCGCCGCGCGCGCCCGCGAGGGCGCCGCGGGCGGCGACCCGGCCGUCGUGCGGCGCCGCGGCGACUGGGCCGAGCGCCUCGACGACGACGGCCGCGUCUACUACGCCAACGAGGCCGCGGACCUGUCCCAGUGGGAGCGGCCGGACGCCUUCGGCGCGCCGCCGGACGACGGGCCGGACGCGCGCGUCGCGGACGACGGGCCGGACGAGCGUCCGUCGGAGGACGGGCCGGACUCGCCGCCCAAGGAGCGCUGCCCCCGCUGCUGGCACCUGCGCCCCUGCGCCUGCGACGACGACGACUUCGGAGGCCGGAGCCCGCCCGCCGCCGCGGCCGGCGACGGCUUGGCGGCGGCGCCGCGCGCGGCGGUGCGCGCGAGCCGCAUCGUCGGCUUCGGAGGCGGCGGCGGCGACGACGACGCGGGCCGCGGAUCCGAAGGCGGCUGGGACGAGGUCGUCGCCUUCGCGCCCCCGCGGGCCGGCGCCGAGGAGGCGAAAGACGGCGCGGUCCCCUCCGACGGCGCCGCGGCGCCACCCGGCGGCGCCGCGCCGCCGCCGCACGUCCGCCGGAGCCGCACCGUCGGCAUGGGCGGCGGCGACGACGACGCCGAGGCCGUCGUCGACGACGCGGAGGCCGUCGUCCCCGACGCGUCGCCCCUCGAGGCCAUGACGAGCCCGCGGCGCCGGCACCAGCCCCUCCCGCCGGAGCACUGCCGGACCUGCCUCAAGCAGCGGCCCUGCCCCUGCGACGCGGCGGCGGCCGCUGGCGGUGGAAACGCCGGCGCGAUCCGCGUCGGCGACCUGCCGCCCGCGCCCCCGCGCCGGGGCCGCGUGGGCGCCGUCGACCCCCGCAUCGUCGGUAUGGGCGGCGACUACGAGGGCGGGGUCAGCCUCGGCGACCCCGCGGCGCCGCCGCGGCCCGCGGUCCGCGGGAGCCGCAUCGUCGGCUUCGGCGGCGACGACGCGAACGACGCCGCGGCCGGCCCGUCGCGGCCGCCCGCGGCCAGCGACGCCGACGGCGUCUCGCGGCGCCACCGGCCGCCGCCGCCGGAGCACUGCCACGCCUGCCUCCAGCGGCGGCCCUGCGCCUGCGACGCGAUGCAGGUCGGCGACCUGUCGCCCGCGCCCCCGCGCCGGGGCCGCGCGAGCGCCGUCGACCCUUUUCCGACGCAGCGGUGGGCGCCGCCCGUGCCCCUCGACCGCAUCCUCGGCGUGGGGGGCGGCGGCGACGACGGCGCCCAGCUCUCGCGGCGCCACCAGCCGCUCCCGCCGGAGCACUGCCCCGAGUGCCUCCAGCGGCGGCCGUGCCCGUGCGACGAGGGCGCUCGCGUGCGAAACGACGCGGCCUCGGUCCGCGGGAGCCGAAUCGUCGGCUUCGGAGGCGGCGACGACGCGAACGACGCCGCGGCCGGCCCAUCGCGGACACAGGUGCGGGGGAGCCGCAUCGUCGGCUUCGGCGGCGGCGGCGAAAGAGACGCGAGUCCGACCGCGCGGCGCGUCGACGGCGGCGAUCCGAGCGACGCGGCGGCCGGCGGAAGCGCCCCAUCGGUGCGAGCGAGUCGCAUCGUCGGCUACGGCGGCGGCGACGAGGGCAUGGGUAAUGACGAUCCGACGCGGGCGCGCAGCGGCGCGGUGCAGAUGUUCGACGCUCCCGGCGGCUCGGCGCAGCGCGGCCGCGGCCCCGGCCGCGGGCCUCCGCCCGUCGGAGGCUACGACGACGCCGCCGGCCGGGACAUGCCCUACGGCGGCGGCACGCCCAUCGACGCCGACUCCGUAGGAGGAGCGCCGCGCACGGCCGUGCGCGGGAGCCGCAUCGUCGGCUUUGGCGGCGGCGGCGAGUACGACGACCCGGCGGCCGAUGCUCUCGGCGGAUUGCGCGGCCCCGGACACGGGCCUCCUCCCGUCGGGGGCUACGACGACGCGGCGGGACAGGGCCGGGUCUACGGCGGAGGGACGCGCAUCGAGGACCCCUCGGCGGCGCCCGGCUACGGCGGCGGCACGCCCAUGGACGACUCGGCAGGAGCGCCGCGCACGGCCGUGCGCGGGAGCCGCAUCGUCGGCUUCGGCGGCGGCGGCGAGUACGACGAUCCCGCGGCCGGCGAUCCGAUGGCCGGCGAUCGAGGAGACGCGGGCCCGUCGGUGCGAGGGAGUCGCAUCGUCGGCUACGGCGGCGGCGGCGACUACGACGAUCCCGCCGUCGGCGAUCCGGGCGCCGCGGGGCUCUCCGACGCUCCCGGCGGCUCGGCGCAGCGCGGCCGCGGCCCCGGCCGCGGGCCUCCGCCCGUCGGGGGCUACGACGACGCCGCCGGCCGGGACAUGCCCUACGGCGGCGGCACGCCCAUCGACGCCGACUCCGUAGGAGGAGCGCCGCGCACGGCCGUGCGCGGGAGCCGCAUCGUCGGCUUCGGCGGCGGCGGCGAGUACGACGAUCCCGCGGCCGGCGAUCCGAUGGCCGGCGAUCGAGGAGACGCGGGCCCGUCGGUGCGAGGGAGUCGCAUCGUCGGCUACGGCGGCGGCGGCGACUACGACGAUCCCGCCGUCGGCGAUCCGGGCGCCGCGGGGCUCUCCGACGCUCCCGGCGGCUCGGCGCAGCGCGGCCGCGGCCCCGGCCGCGGGCCUCCGCCCGUCGGGGGCUACGACGACGCCGCCGGCCGGGACAUGCCCUACGGCGGCGGCACGCCCAUCGACGCCGACUCCGUAGGAGGAGCGCCGCGCACGGCCGUGCGCGGGAGCCGCAUCGUCGGCUUCGGCGGCGGCGGCGAGUACGACGAUCCCGCGGCCGGCGAUCCGAUGGCCGGCGAUCGAGGAGACGCGGGCCCGUCGGUGCGAGGGAGUCGCAUCGUCGGCUACGGCGGCGGCGGCGACUACGACGAUCCCGCCGUCGGCGAUCCGGGCGCCGCGGGGCUCUCCGACGCUCCCGGCGGCUCGGCGCAGCGCGGCCGCGGCCCCGGCCGCGGGCCUCCGCCCGUCGGGGGCUACGACGACGCCGCCGGCCGGGACAUGCCCUACGGCGGCGGCACGCCCAUCGACGCCGACUCCGUAGGAGGAGCGCCGCGCACGGCCGUGCGCGGGAGCCGCAUCGUCGGCUUCGGCGGCGGCGGCGAGUACGACGAUCCCGCGGCCGGCGAUCCGAUGGCCGGCGAUCGAGGAGACGCGGGCCCGUCGGUGCGAGGGAGUCGCAUCGUCGGCUACGGCGGCGGCGGCGACUACGACGACCCGGCGGCCGAUGCUCUCGGCGGAUCGCGCGGCCCCGGACACGGGCCUCCUCCCGUCGGGGGCUACGACGACGCGGCGGGACAGGGCCGGGUCUACGGCGGCGGCACGCCCAUCGAGGACCCCUCGGCGGCGCCCGGCUACGGCGGCGGCACGCCCAUGGACAACUCGGCAGGAGCGCAGCGCACGGCCGUGCGCGGGAGCCGCAUCGUCGGCUUCGGCGGCGGCGGCGAGUACGACGAUCCCGCGGCCGGCGAUCCGAUGGCCGGCGAUCGAGGAGACGCGGGCCCAUCGGUGCGAGGGAGUCGCAUCGUCGGCUACGGCGGCGGCGGCGACUACGACGACCCGGCGGCCGAUGCUCUCGGCGGAUCGCGCGGCCCCGGACACGGGCCUCCUCCCGUCGGGGGCUACGACGACGCGGCGGGACAGGGCCGGGUCUACGGCGGCGGCACGCCCAUCGAGGACCCCUCGGCGGCGCCCGGCUACGGCGGCGGCACGCCCAUGGACGACUCGGCAGGAGCGCAGCGCACGGCCGUGCGCGGGAGCCGCAUCGUCGGCUUCGGCGGCGGCGGCGAGUACGACGAUCCCGCGGCCGGCGAUCCGAUGGCCGGCGAUCGAGGAGACGCGGGCCCGUCGGUGCGAGGGAGUCGCAUCGUCGGCUACGGCGGCGGCGGCGACUACGACGAUCCCGCCGUCGGCGAUCCGGGCGCCGCGGGGCUCUCCGACGCUCCCGGCGGCUCGGCGCAGCGCGGCCGCGGCCCCGGCCGCGGGCCUCCGCCGGUCGGGGGCUACGACGACGCCGCCGGCCGGGACAUGCCCUACGGCGGCGGCACGCCCAUCGACGCCGACUCCGUAGGAGGAGCGCCGCGCACGGCCGUGCGCGGGAGCCGCAUCGUCGGCUUCGGCGGCGGCGGCGAGUACGACGAUCCCGCGGCCGGCGAUCCGAUGGCCGGCGAUCGAGGAGACGCGGGCCCGUCGCGCGGCCGCGGCCGCGGCCGCGGGCCUCCGCCCGUCGGGGGCUACGACGACGCCGCCGGCCGGGACAUGCCCUACGGCGGCGGCACGCCCAUCAACGCCGAUUCCGUAGGAGGAGCGCCGCGCACGGCCGUGCGCGGGAGCCGCAUCGUCGGCUUCGGCGGCGGCGGCGAGUACGACGAUCCCGCGGCCGGCGAUCCGAUGGCCGGCGAUCAAGGAGGUGCGAGCCCGUCCGUGCGAGGGAGUCGCAUCGUCGGCUACGGCGGCGGCGACUACGACGACCCGGCGGCCGAUGCUCUCGGCGGAUCGCGCGGCCCCGGACACGGGCCUCCUCCCGUCGGGGGCUACGACGACGCGGCGGGACAGGGCCGGGUCUACGGCGGCGGGACGCCCAUCGAGGAUCCCUCGGCGGCGGCCGGCUACGGCGGCGGCACGCCCAUGGGCAACUCGGCAGGAGCGCCGCGCACAGCCGUGCGCGGGAGCCGCAUCGUCGGCUUCGGCGGCGGCGGCGAGUACGACGAUCCCGCGGCCGGCGAUCCGAUGGCCGGCGAUCGAGGAGACGCGGGCCCGUCGAUGCGAGGGAGUCGCAUCGUCGGCUACGGCGGCGGCGGCGACUACGACGACCCGGCGGCCGAUGCUCUCGGCGGAUCGCGCGGCCCCGGACACGGGCCUCCUCCCGUCGGGGGCUACGACGACGCGGCGGGACAGGGCCGGGUCUACGGCGGCGGCACGCCCAUCGAGGACCCCUCGGCGGCGCCCGGCUACGGCGGCGGCACGCCCAUGGACAACUCGGCAGGAGCGCAGCGCACGGCCGUGCGCGGGAGCCGCAUCGUCGGCUUCGGCGGCGGCGGCGAGUACGACGAUCCCGCGGCCGGCGAUCCGAUGGCCGGCGAUCGAGGAGACGCGGGCCCAUCGGUGCGAGGGAGUCGCAUCGUCGGCUACGGCGGCGGCGGCGACUACGACGACCCGGCGGCCGAUGCUCUCGGCGGAUCGCGCGGCCCCGGACACGGGCCUCCUCCCGUCGGGGGCUACGACGACGCGGCGGGACAGGGCCGGGUCUACGGCGGCGGCACGCCCAUCGAGGACCCCUCGGCGGCGCCCGGCUACGGCGGCGGCACGCCCAUGGACGACUCGGCAGGAGCGCAGCGCACGGCCGUGCGCGGGAGCCGCAUCGUCGGCUUCGGCGGCGGCGGCGAGUACGACGAUCCCGCGGCCGGCGAUCCGAUGGCCGGCGAUCGAGGAGAUGCGGGCCCGUCGGUGCGAGGGAGUCGCAUCGUCGGCUACGGCGGCGGCGGCGACUACGACGAUCCCGCCGCCGGCGAUCCGGGCGCCGCGGGGCUCUCCGACGCUCCCGGCGGCUCGGCGCAGCGCGGCCGCGGCCCCGGCCGCGGGCCUCCGCCGGUCGGGGGCUACGACGACGCCGCCGGCCGGGACAUGCCCUACGGCGGCGGCACGCCCAUCGACGCCGACUCCGUAGGAGGAGCGCCGCGCACGGCCGUGCGCGGGAGCCGCAUCGUCGGCUUCGGCGGCGGCGGCGAGUACGACGACGCGAACGACGCGGCGGCCGGUCCUUCUCGGACGAAUCUGAGGGACAGCCGCAUGGUCGGCCCCGACCGCGGCACUGAGACUCCUGGCGAAUCCUCCGUCUACGACGGCGGCGAUCCGAGCGACGCCGCCGCCGGCGGGCCCGGCUUCCGCGGCCACACCUCCCCUGUUCGGGCCAGCCGCAUCGUCGGCAUGGGCGGCGGCGGAGAGGGCGGGCCGUUCGACACUCCCGGCGCUCGCGACGCCGCGGGCCGGGACCUCGGCGGCGUGGCGCCGGCCGACGUGCCCUCGUCGGAGGACGCCGCGACGCCGCGCGCGACGAAGCCGGUCGCGGGGGACACGCCCGCCUCGGGUCCCUGGCGCUGCCCGAAGUGCGGCAAGGGCAACGGCUCGCGACGCAGCGCGUGCUCCGUGUGCGCGACGGUCCGGGCCGACGACGCCGCGGCCGCGGACGCGGGCCCGUCCGUGCGCGGGAGCCGCAUCGUCGGCAUGGGCGGAGGCGACGACGAUACCGUCGACGACGACGACGCGGGGCGACGCGAGCGCGUCUACGGCGGCGGGACGCCCAUCGAGGAUCCCGCGGCGGCGCCCUACGGUGGCGGCACGCCCAUCAGGGGUGGCGCGGCAGACCCCACCGGCGUGCGCAAGAGUCGCAUCGUCGGAAUCGGCGGUGGCGGCGGCGCCAAUCCUGCGCCGGGCGGCGACUGGGACGAAACCGUGUCCUUCGUGCCGCCCGACCGCCCGCCCGCGGACAUCGGCAGCCCCUGGCGCGAGUUCGUCGACCCGCUCGGCGUGCCCUACUUCCACAACGACCAGACGCAGGAGACGACGUGGAUCGCGCCGGACGAUUGGGUGCGGGACAUGCGCGCCAAGGACCCGGUGCAGCGGUCCAAGUCCAUCGUGCGCGCCGCGAACGACUGGCAGGAGAAGGUCGACCCGGCCUCCGGGCGCGUCUACUACAUCACGCCGGACGGACAGACGCAGUGGGAGCGGCCGGAGAGCGUCUUCGCCGACGAAAGCGAGAGAGUCUACGGCGGCGGCACGCCCAUCGAGGAACCCUCGGCGGCGCCCGGCUACGGCGGCGGCACGCCCAUGGACGACUCGGCAGGAGCGCCGCGCGCGGCCGUGCGCGGGAGCCGCAUCGUCGGCUUCGGCGGCGGCUCGGACGAUCCCGCGGCCGGCAAUCCGAUGGCCGGCGAUCAAGGAGGUGCGAGCCCGUCCGUGCGAGGGAGUCGCAUCGUCGGCUACGGCGGCGGCGACUACGACGACCCGGCGGCCGAUGCUCUCGGCGGAUCGCGCGGCCUCGGACACGGGCCUCCUCCCGUCGGGGGCUACGACGACGCGGCGGGACAGGGCCGGGUCUACGGCGGCGGCACGCCCAUCGAGGACCCCUCGGCGGCGGCCGGCUACGGCGGCGGCACGCCCAUGGACGACUCGGCAGGAGCGCCGCGCGCGGCGGUCCGAGGGAGCCGCAUCGUCGGCUUCGGCGGCGGCGCGGACGAUCCGGCGGCCGGCGACCCGAUGGCUGGCGAUCAAGGAGGCGCGAGCCCGUCCGUGCGAGCGAGCCGCAUCGUCGGCUAUGGCGGCGGCGACUACGACGACCCGGCGGCCGAUGCUCUCGGCGGAUCGCGCGGCCCCGGACACGGGCCUCCUCCCGUCGGGGGCUACGACGACGCGGCGGGACAGGGCCGGGUCUACGGCGGCGGCACGCCCAUCGAGGACCCCUCGGCGGCGCCCGGCUACGGCGGCGGCACGCCCAUCAGGACUCGCGCAGCGGAUUCCACUGGCGUGCGCAAGAGUCGCAUCGUUGGAAUCGGCGGUGGCGGUGGCGCCGAUCCUGCGCAGGGCGGCGACUGGGACGAAACCGUCUCCUUUGUGCCGCCGGCCCGCCCGCCCGCGGACAUCGGCAGCCCCUGGCGCGAGUUCGUCGACCCGCUCGGCGUGCCCUACUUCCACAACGACCAGACGCAGGAGACGACGUGGAUCGCGCCGGACGAUUGGGUGCGGGACAUGAGCGCCAAGGACCCGGUGCAGCGGUCCAAGUCCAUCGUGCGCGCCGCGAACGACUGGCAGGAGAAGGUCGACCCGGCCUCCGGGCGCGUCUACUACAUCACGCCGGACGGGCAGACGCAGUGGGAGCGGCCGGAGAGCGUCUUCGUCGAAGGCGGCGGUCCCGGCGAGAAGAAGCCGGGCGAGGAGAAGCCGGGCGUGCGAAGGAGCCGCAUCGUCGGAUUCGGCGGCGGGGGCGACGCGGAUCGCCUCGAGCUGCCGCCGAAGCUGGAGGGCACCAUCGACGCGCCCGAGUGCGCCCCCGUGGGCAGGAUCGCGCGGGCGUCGUCGCGCGAGUUAAUGACGACGCCGGAGGAGCUGACGCUGGCGCUCGACCUCCCGGUGCACUCGGGCGACGCGAGGAACGGGCCGCGGCUUCCCGCGGGCGCCGAAGGAGCGGAGGGCUAUACGAGCUGGGGCGCUCCCCUGGGGACCGACCGUCCGACCGUGCGCAAGAGCCGCAUCGUCGGCAUGGGCGGCGGCGGCGACGACGACGACGACGACGAGGGACCUAGCAAGGUCUACGGCGGCGGAACGCCCAUCGAGGACGUCGCAGCGGCGCCGGGCAAGGCCGAUCGAGGCCGCGCGGACGAGGCUCCGUCGGUGCGCAAGAGCCGCAUCGUCGGCAUGGGCGGCGGCGGCGACGACGACGACGACGACGCGGGACCUAGCAAGGUCUACGGCGGCGGAACGCCCAUCGAGGACGUCGCAGCGGCGCCGGGCAAGGCCGGUCGAGGCCGCGCGGACGAGGCUCCGUCGGUGCGCAAGAGCCGCAUCGUCGGCAUGGGCGGCGGCGGCGACGACGACGACGACGACGAGGGACCUAGCAAGGUCUACGGCGGCGGAACGCCCAUCGAGGACGUCGCAGCGGCGCCGGGCGAGGCCGGUCGAGGCCGCGCGGACGAGGCUCCGUCGGUGCGCAAGAGCCGCAUCGUCGGCAUGGGCGGCGGCGGCGACGACGACGACGACGACGAGGGACCUAGCAAGGUCUACGGCGGCGGAACGCCCAUCGAGGACGUCGCAGCGGCGCCGGGCGAGGCCGGUCGAGGCCGCGCGGACGAGGCUCCGUCGGUGCGCAAGAGCCGCAUCGUCGGCAUGGGCGGCGGCGGCGACGACGACGACGACGACGAGGGACCUAGCAAGGUCUACGGCGGCGGAACGCCCAUCGAGGACGUCGCAGCGGCGCCGGGCAAGGCCGAUCGAGGCCGCGCGGAUCGAGGCCGCGCGGACGAGGCUCCGUCGGUGCGCAAGAGCCGCAUCGUCGGCAUGGGCGGCGGCGGCGACGACGACGACGACGACGAGGGACCUAGCAAGGUCUACGGCGGCGGAACGCCCAUCGAGGACGUCGCAGCGGCGCCGGGCAAGGCCGAUCGAGGCCGCGCGGAUGAGGCUCCGUCGGUGCGCAAGAGCCGCAUCGUCGGCAUGGGCGGCGGCGGCGACGACGACGACGACGACGAGGGACCUAGCAAGGUCUACGGCGGCGGAACGCCCAUCGUCGCUGGCUCCGGCGACGUGCCCGAGCCCCCCGAGGGGGACGGCUUCAGCGACGACGGCGGCGACGACGACGACGGCGGCGGCGACGCGCGCGCGGUCGUCCGCAAGAGCCGCAUCGUGGGCAUGGGCGGCGACGGCGGCGACGCGCGGCCCCGGAGCGCGGCCGUGCAGCUCUUCGACGGCGGCCCCGGCAGCGAGGGGCGGGCGCCGCGCGUCCCGCGCGGCGUCGAGUCGCCGUCGGACGACGACGAGGCGCCGUCGCGCGGGGCCGCGGAGCUCUUCGACGCGCGGGGCGACCCGAUCUCGUCGUCGAAGCUGACGCCCUCGGUGCGCAAGAGCCGCAUCGUCGGCGUGGGCGGCGGCGGCGAACCCUACCGGGACCGGAGCGGCGCCGUGCAGCUCUUCGACGGCGGGCCCGGCGGCGAGGGCCGCGCGCCGAGCCUCGUCGCGGACUCGCCCGGCGCGCGCACGCCCUCGAGCGACGAGUGGCACACGCCCGCGGCGUCCGAGGCGUCCGGCGCGUCGCCCGCGAAGUCGCCCGGCCGCGGGCCGCGCGCGCGGCCUAAAGUCGCCUUCGGGUCGUCCGUCGACGACGGCAGACCGAAGCACAGGGAGCACCACUUCCUGCGCAAGGGCGACGGCCGGCGCUGCGCGGAGACGCGGGCCGUCGCCGACGAGCUGCGGCGCCAGGACGAGCGCAACCGCACGGUCUGGCGGCGGCGGUCGUCCAUCGUCUCCGCGGCCAAGGCGCUCAAGGGCCUCGACGCGGCCGCGCGCGAGCUCCACUACGCGCAGUGGGACCCGACGAACCGCGUCGACACGUCCUGGAAGAAGGGCUACGCGGGCACCGUCGAGCUCCUCGACAGCGACGAGGACGGCGGCCGCGCCGGCGGCCGCGACGACACGCCGCGCUGGACGCAGCGCGUCGACGCGCGCGGCGUGCCCUACUUCGCCGACGACGCGCGCGGCGAGACGCGCUGGGACGCGCCCGACGCCUGGGUCGACGCCCAGCGCGCGGGGCGGAAGCUGCCCGAGGGCGUCGUCCGCGAGCGCGGCGCCGCGCGCGAGCUCGUCGACCCCGCCACGAAGCGCGUCUACUACGUCGACGGCGAUGGCCCGCCGGCCUGGGAGCGGCCGCCGGCCUUCGCCGACGACACGCCGCGGAAGCAGCGGAAGCCGCGGCGCCCGGCGACGCCCGCGGACGACUCGGCGGCCGCGGCGCCGCCCGCGCACUGCCGCCACUGCCUCCGGCGGACGCCGUGCGGCUGCGCCGCGGCCGCGCGCGAGGCCGAGGAGGCGGGCCUCAUCGACCGCGCGGAGUCGUCCCUCUCCACGCUCAAGGACGCGCGGCUCGGGGACCUGCGGCGCGCGAUGCGGCGCCGGUCCGCGGCGCUGUCGCCCGGGCGCGCGCCGCGAAAUUCGCCGCCGGCGAGCGGCGCGUCGACGCCGCGGCGGCCGUCCGUCGACUCCGAGGACGGCGACGGCCGGGACCCGGGCUUCCUCGGCGCGCUAAGAAGACGCGCGUCCGCGCUCGUCGGCCUCGCGGCGCCGCCGGGCGACGGCGCCUCCGCGGAGACGCCGCCCGCGCCCGCGGCCAAGGGCGGCCGGCGCCGGAGCGACCGCCACGCGCUCACGGAGCUCGAGCGGGAGCUCCUGGCCACCAUCGACGCCAUGUCGCGCGAGCUCAAGGACGCGCACGAGCCUGCGCACGAGCGCGCGCGCGACGUCGAGACGUACACGCGGUCCGGCGACCUGGGCGAUAUGGACGCGACGAUGGCCAAGCUCAAGGGCGUCUGCGUCAUGCUCACGGGCCACGAGAAGGGCCGCCUCGCGACGAUGAUCGGGUCCUGCGAGCCGCCGGGGCCGUCGCCGCGGAGGCCCUUCGCGCCGGGGCCCGGUGCGCCCGCGGCGGCGGCGGCGCGCGAGAACCGCGGCGACGACGACGAGCGCCUCGGGUCGACCAGCGCCUACGCCGUCUUCAAGGACGCCCACCUCACGAUCAAGCGCGAGAUGAUGGCCCUCUGCGGCUUCAAAGAGUUCGGCGUCUCCCGGGAAUGGGACGUCGACGUGCACAAGAUGGAGAACCUCGGCGACCCGCACCUCCUGUCGCUGCUCCACCAGAUCCGGCGCCUCGUCGUCGCCUACGACAACCUGAGCCUGGAGCAGAUCACGAAGCUCCGCACGUCCGUCGAGGUCGUCGAGAACGUGCACCACCUCCUCGCGGUCGGCGGCCGCGCGGUCCGCGCGGAGCGCCGCGCCGUCGCGCGCGCGGCGCGCACGCGCCACACGCACGUCGCCGACGGCGCCCACCGGGGCCUCGACUCCGUCAACCGCGUCUCGCCGGCCCUCGCGGAGCGCAUCCGCCGGGCCCAGGCCGAGGACCGCGCGCACCACCACCACCAGCGGCGCUAG